GAGGGCGGUUUGUUUUGCGCCAUAUGACGUAUAAGACACUUCCUCAAAAAAUACAGUAAACAAAUCUACGGACUAUUUUCGGUUGCGACAUAUUCUGCACGGUGGCUUGUUUGAGUUUUGGAAAUUACAAGGCUUUCGGUUAAAAUCGCACGGCUGGGCUUUAGAGCAGGUCGACAGGAGGAACACAAAGGAGGGAACUGCAGGAAAAGCCGCACGUUUGUUUGGUUGAGUGCGCUCAAAGUGAGCUCAGUGAAUGCUCAGGCUUCAUGCCGUUUAGUUGAGCACGCUUCUCUUCUGGUGACAAUACCGGGAACAGCGUUUGUCUUGAAGAAAUCAUUCAUAUAUAGACAUGGUGAAGCAGACCAAGGCCAAAACUUUCCAGGCCUAUCUGGACUCCUGUCACCGUCGCUACAGCUGCGUCCACUGCCGUGCACACCUGGCCAACCAUGAUGACCUAAUUUCAAAGUCAUUUCAAGGCAGCCAAGGACGCGCCUACCUGUUCAAUUCUGUGGUGAAUGUAGGUUGUGGUCCAGCAGAGGAAAGGCUGCUGCUGACCGGUCUUCAUGCUGUGGCUGAUAUUUACUGUGAGAACUGCCACACCACACUGGGCUGGAAAUAUGAGCAGGCAUUUGAGUUAAGUCAGAAGUAUAAGGAGGGGAAGUUUAUUAUUGAAUUAUCUCACAUGAUUAAGGAUAAUGGCUGGGACUGAAGACUUCAGCCUUUGCUUUAACUUGCUGUCACCGCUUGCAAUGGCAUGAGAUAUGCUUUCUUUUAUAUAUGUAUCUUGGGUGAUUGUUUUGUGUGUGUGUUUUGUUUUUUUUAUGUGUUUUGAGGUGUGCUUGUGUGCAAGACAGGCUUAGGAGAAACUGUGCUAAAAUUCUUAUCAACCACUUAAAUCCAGUUUUAAAAAAUUCUUGAUUUUUGUUGGGAUUUUGACACAAGCCCUCAAAUUCUCCCGAUUAAGUGCAAUUCAUGAGGUUUAAACAAAGUGUGAUGAAAAUGCCACGAUCCAAUGACUUUUUAUUCAAUUCCUUUUUACUUUAAAGAACGAGGUCUUUGUGAACGAGGUAGUGUGAGUGAAAUUAUUUUACUAUAUGUGUUUUGUGUGUGUGGCUUAGAGAGGAUUAUGUGCAAUAUGCGUGUGAGAGAGUUUGCAUAAAGGAUGAUUCAUGCCUCCAAAUUCAGUAAUUUCGGUUGAAUCCAUCUUUUAAUUUACCAAGUCACUGAGGAAUCCCAACAAACGAACAUCUGCUCAAGUUUGUUUGUGUGUGUGUGUGUUUGUCUGUGUGUGCGAGUAUGAAAGGGCAAACAUCAGGCUUAUUGGCUGUAGAAUAGAGAUGGUCCACAGUUAAGACACUUCACUUACAGCUUAUAAGAUGUAAUUCAUUUUUAUGUUCAUCUUGUUUGUGCAUUUUGUCUAUGAUAAAUGUUGUAAGUAUAAUCUGACAUUUGAGGAGCAUGUACAGAGACAUUGAUCUGAUCAUGCUAGAGCAGACAUGCCAUGUAAAUGUGUUUAUGAUUGUGUAGCAAAGUAUUUCUUUGAAUGCUAAACCAUUAAUGUGUAUGACAUUAACCUGAAUUCUUUACAUUAAAGUAUGGGGUAAAUAAAAA